ACAUAAAAAUUAUAUAUAUAUCUUAUGUUAUAAAAUUAUAAUAUAAAAUUAUAAAAUUAUCGAUAAUAAUUUUUAAAUUCCGUAAACUAUGUUUUGUAAAAAUAUUAUCGCUAUCGGACAAAUUCAUGAUUGAUUCCACAAUAAUUUCAAUGGUAUAUUUUCAGUGAUCAGCAAUUGACACGUAUCAUUUGGUGUACAAAGUGCAUUCACACGAAGAUACUUUGACAGUCUUUCAAGAAAGUACAUAUGUAUAUAUUCUUCGAUGACGAAGUAGAAUCGAUGGAAAAACACGACGUUUGCUUUAAACGCACCCAUAACAUGCAAGAAACCGGCGUAAAAAACGAAAGGGUAAGAAUAGAGGUGAAAUAUACAUGAGAUAGAAAGAAAUACAGAACGACAGGGUAAUCGGGGGUGAUCCGACAAUAAAAAAAGAAGAAAGAUGAUAUGAUAAAGAGAGUGAGAAGAAGAAAGAGACAGAAUAAGAGAGUGCGCGCGUGAUCACUUGGAGCGAGCAGCGACGGUGGCCGUGUCGCUGCAAACCGUCAGAAUCGGUCGGUUGUACAGAAACGAGUAUAACCUAUAUCCGAAACACCGCGGCGCUGUUACAUUCUCCGUGCCUCCUCCCUAGCGGGUGGCGGCCGCACCUCCUCCUUCUCGCCGAUUUUAAUCUCGUUAGCGGACACGUGCGCGCCCCGCGCCUAUACACCACUAUACGACGACCUACCGUGUCGGGGCUUCGCCAAUCUGGUUUGGUCUAACAGGAUUCUCGAGCGACCGAGGGUUGAUAAAAGGCUGCGUACCGAGCGGGCGCGGCGCGAAUCGCAAGAGGAGUUGCUCCGCUCGAGGUGUGGGCGCUCGUGCAGCAACGGCAAUAACAGCAGACGACCUCGUCAUCGUCUUCUAUUCUAUCGUUCUCGGUUCGUUGUUUCCGUCUACGUUACCUCGUAAUCGCGUUCGUCGUUUGGCAUACGUCGCGUAUAGGUUGCGUGUGUGCGCACACGGUGCAUAUUCAGUGUGAAUCUAUUUCGUCGCGUGUGCGGUACAGAAAGAGUACCCUAAAGCGAGAGAGAGAGGGAGAGGAAGAAAAAGAAAGAGAGACAGAGCGAGAGAGAAAGAAGGAAAGAGAGAGAAAGAAAGCGUGAAUCGAAGAAAGAAAGAGACAGGGUAGGAGAACGAAACAGAGAGGGGGUGAGAGAGAAAGAGUGUAAGGGAGAGACAGAGAGCAGCUGAGAGAGAAGGAGAUAGAGCGCCGGUGGGUUACCACACCCAACCGCGCCGGGGACCGAGUGAACGAGUGAACGAGCCGUACGAGAGCUCUCUCGCGAGUAGUACGCGGGUACAGCGGGGGACCCAGGGACCGACGAUCGAGAUUCGACGGAGUACAGUCGGGACUCUCUAGAUCUCGAUCCAACGGACCUCGCUCUCGCGAAAUUCGCGUCUCUUACCAGAAUCGUCGAAGUCACGCCGUGAGCAAAGGCUAAACGUGUGCGCGCGUGUCUCCCCCGCUUCCUCGACGUCUCUCGCGAGUGCGUUUCACGUUUCGUCGCAGAACGUGCGUGCGUGAAUAAAGAAUAAGAAAAACGAGAAAAGAGAAGCAUAAAAAAAAUAUAGAAAGAAGCGGGAGAGUAAAGCUAGAGAGAGAAUUGAAGAAGAUUGAAAAAGAAAAAGAAGGGAAGGAAAGGCGAGAGGACAGACACAAGCUACCGGCCGAGGUUCGUGCGUGUGCGUACAUGUGUUGAUGUGUCGCUGGCGUCGUCGAGCCCUGCCAGGAGUGCUCCGUCGCCGCGUGUGCCGACGUCGUUGAGAAUACGGGGAUUUCGGAGACGCGACUAUCAAGUCUACAUUUACAUCUACGUUGUCGUCGUCCUCAUACACGUUAUCGUCGUCGUCGUCGUCGUCGUCGUCGUCGUCGUCGUCGUCGUCAGCGUGGACAAGUGCUAGUGAUUCGUGCUAGUGGCGGUAGUGGUGGUGCAGACGAUCGGUUUCAUCGGCUUAACCAGAACGAAAAGGAAGGAAGAAGAGAAGGAAACCACGAGGACGGCGACGAGACGUCGUCGCUCGUUCGCGGUGGCAAGGUAAUAUCGGCCCGACGACGAUAUCGUGCCGUCGAGCCCGCUGCUGUCUACGACGAACCUCGCCGCUCGGCAAUCGCUCGCUACCACCGCAAAUCGCUUGUUCCCUCUCUCCCUUCCUCCCUCCCUCUCCUCCCUCCUCCUCCUUUUCCUCCUCCUCCUCGUCCUCUUCCUCCUCAUUUUUCUCCUCUCUUCCUCCUCCAUCUAUCGAGGAUCCUGCCGUCCUGAGCUAUGGCGUGCUGCCUGUCGGAAGAGGCGAGGGAGCAGAAACGAAUCAAUCAGGAGAUCGAGCGGCAACUCCGAAAGGAUAAACGAGAUGCCAGGCGGGAACUUAAGCUGCUACUUUUGGGUACUGGUGAAUCCGGCAAAUCCACCUUUAUUAAACAGAUGAGAAUCAUCCACGGGUCUGGUUACUCGGAUGAUGACAAGAGGGGGUUCAUCAAACUCGUAUACCAAAACAUUUUCAUGGCCAUGCAGUCCAUGAUCCGAGCGAUGGACCUCCUCAAGAUCCAGUACACCGAAUCUUCGAAUAUAGAAAAAGCAGAACUUGUGCGAAGCGUGGACUUCGAAACGGUUACAACGUUUGAAAGCCCAUACGUAGAGGCAAUUAAAGAUUUAUGGGCAGAUGGUGGUAUCCAGGAGUGUUAUGACCGCAGGCGAGAAUAUCAGCUCACAGAUUCCGCUAAAUAUUACCUAUUGGAGAUAGAUCGAGUCGCAGCACCAGACUACCUCCCAACAGAACAGGACAUUCUUCGCGUGAGAGUACCCACUACUGGUAUAAUUGAAUAUCCCUUUGACUUGGAAGAAAUUCGAUUUAGUUAUCUUAGUGACCUAGACCGUAUUGAAAAGCCUGACUUCCUUCCUACUGAACAAGACAUUCUUCGGGCUCGAGCUCCUACUACUGGCAUUAUAGAAUAUCCGUUUGAUCUGGACUCCAUCAUAUUUAGGAUGGUAGACGUCGGUGGACAGAGAUCAGAAAGAAGGAAGUGGAUUCAUUGUUUCGAAAAUGUUACUUCUAUUAUCUUUUUAGUAGCUUUAAGUGAAUAUGAUCAAAUUUUGUUUGAGUCAGAAAAUGAGAAUCGAAUGGAAGAAAGUAAGGCAUUGUUCAAAACAAUUAUUACAUAUCCUUGGUUCCAACAGUCCUCUGUUAUUCUUUUCCUAAAUAAGAAAGAUUUACUCGAAGAGAAGAUUAUGUAUUCUCACCUUGUUGACUAUUUCCCGGAAUAUAAUGGCCCACAAAGAGAUGCCAUACCUGCUAGAGAAUUCAUUUUACAGAUGUUUGUCGACUUGAAUCCUGAUAUUGAGAAGAUUAUAUAUUCACAUUUUACGUGUGCCACAGAUACAGAAAACAUCAGAUUUGUAUUUGCAGCAGUGAAAGACACCAUUCUACAAUUAAACUUAAAAGAAUAUAAUCUGGUUUAGAUGGCAAUACAUAAAAUUCAGGAUGGACUUAAGAAUUUUUCUUAUACCCUGACCAAGGUAUCAGUGUGAACUCUGUUAAGUUAGAAAUGGAGAAGAGACGAAAAAAGCAGAAAAUGAAUAGUAAUUUAUGGUGCCAUCAACAUUGUCGCUGCUCCAUUACAAGUGUACCAACUAUUGAUUAGUAAAAUUUAUAACGGAGGUAACAGCGAUGAACAAAUAUGGACCUAAAUCUGAGCGUUAUACGUUCUUUCCUAACCUUCUCACUGUCAAUACCAACAAAUUGAUUUAGUUUCAUACUCUAUUUGUUGAAUUUAUUACCUUUUUAUAGAUUAGUUUAGUCAAUCAUGCCUGGCUGACUGCGUAAUCGUCUAAUUUUUAUAUAAUGAUACCAUGAGCAACACAUAAAUAAACAUAUAAGAUAGAAUGCAGCCAUGCGAUACAAUGUCUGUCCAAGUGUUCAUCUCAAAUCGAGAGAUCUCAGCAAGAAACUGAAGAGAAGAAGGACAAAUACUUUUUAAUCACAAAUAGUCAGUGACACAAGUGAGAGCAAUUCUAGUGCCAUUUACUAGUGUGGUGUUUUUAUUGCAGUCCCUUCUUAGAUGCAAAAAGCCAAAGUGUUUUUUUAUCUGUGCCAGAAGCAAGUAAAAAUUUUUUCUGCAUGUGACUCAAAUUCAUAAUUCAUCGUAUAAAUAUUGUUAUAUAUAAUAUAUAAAAUGAAAAAUAGGUUAGCAUUGAAAAAAGCAACAUAAAACCAACAAGAAGGAAACUUUACCACCCUUCAAUAUUAAGAAAUUAUUAGAAAACAUCUGUUUGAUGUGAUUUUAGGUAAUUAGGAGUUGAAAGGUUGCAGAUUCUUCUGCUGUCUUUUUUCUCCAUAGGCUGUGUACGGAAUGUGAGGGCUGCGAUCUCAUACCAUACAAUUAUAAUCCUGCAAGUUACAAACGAUGUAAAAGUCUUAUCAUGAUACUUUUCCUUUCAUCCAGCCCUCGCUUAUUGACACAGCAUUGUGUAGCUAGGGACAUGGUUUAAGAACAUGUGGCCCUAGUUCACAUUGUAUCCACAUUACAGUGUAUGUAUGAACUGCUCACUGCCUGCGCUCGCUCAUGCUGGCUAGCGCGCUGCCCACUGCUUGUAUUCUCUAAUGGUUCAAUAAAUUGCUGUUUGUGUCACCUUUUAAUGUUCUAAGCAAAGAACAUUUGUAUAAAGAUGAUAGAAACUGCUUUGCAUAAAUCUAGAGAAUACUUGCACAAUUGACAGUGUUAGUCAAAUCAGUGAAUUAGGGUGUGACAUUUAGAUAUAUAUAAUCUGAAUGUCUAACCCUGAUGUUACUAACACUGCACGCACACUGGGCAGCAUAUGUCAUACCUACUUUGGUUGAAACAUUGAGUUUAUAUGAAAGAAAAAAUAUAUAAAUACAUUGAAUAAAAUAUAAUAUUAAGAGAUAAUAACAAAUAA